GAAUUUCUCCAUAGACGGGCGCUCCUCAGUGCUCCUACGCACAGCGAAACAGGUAAGAGAGAAGAGGAAGGAGAAGAUCUGCACAGAGGCUUACUUGAAACUAUGGCGGCUACUUCUUCAUGGAACCUUGUCUUCACUUCAAACCAACCAUCUCCUUCCUCUCUCUCAUGGAAGCUCUCUUUCCCAUCUCCGUUCACCUCUGUCCAAUUUCAACGCCGCCAAACUACCACUGCACAAAGGUUCCUAGUUUUUGCCACUAUGAUGGGAGCCAAACCCACUAUUCUCGUCUCUGAGAAGCUCGGAGAUGCCGGCUUGGAGCUCCUUAAAACAUUUGCAAAUGUUGACUGUUCAUACAACUUAAGCCUGGAGGAAUUGUGUACUAAAAUCUCACUGUGUGAUGCGUUGAUUGUAAGGAGUGGAACUAAGGUUACACGCGAAGUGUUUGAAAGUUCUAGUGGUAGACUUAAGGUUGUGGGUAGAGCUGGUGUUGGAAUUGAUAAUGUUGAUUUGUCCGCAGCGACUGAACAUGGAUGUCUGGUUGUCAAUGCGCCUACGGCGAAUACAAUUGCUGCUGCGGAACAUGGGAUUGCGUUGCUUACUGCCAUGGCAAGAAAUAUAGCGCAGGCUGAUGCGUCCAUUAAAUCUGGCAAGUGGGAGAGAAGUAAAUAUAUAGGAGUGUCUCUUGUGGGGAAAAUUCUUGCUGUGAUAGGAUUUGGAAAGGUUGGAUCAGAGGUUGCUAGGCGUGCUAAGGGUCUUGGCAUGAAUGUGAUUGCACAUGAUCCUUAUGCCCCUGCAGACCGAGCUCAUGCCAUAGGUGUGGAGUUGGUGCGAUUUGAAGAAGCCAUAUCAUCUGCUGAUUUCAUAUCCCUGCAUAUGCCCCUUACCCCUGCUACAUCAAAAAUGUUCAAUGAUGAGACUUUCUCAAAGAUGAAGAAAGGAGUUCGAAUUGUUAAUGUUGCUCGUGGUGGAGUCAUUGAUGAGGAUGCUCUAGUUAGAGCUUUGGAUUCUGGGAUUGUUGCUCAGGCUGCUCUUGAUGUCUUCACAGAGGAGCCCCCACCUAGAGAUAGCAAGUUGGUGCAACAUGAAAGUGUGAUCGCUACUCCUCAUCUUGGUGCUAGCACUACGGAGGCGCAGGAAGGGGUGGCUAUUGAAGUAGCAGAAGCUGUUCUUGGUGCUUUGAAAGGGGAGCUUGCAGCUACUGCAGUGAAUGCACCUAUGGUUCCUGCUGAGGUUCUUUCAGAACUUGCACCAUUUGUUGUACUAGCAGAAAAGCUUGGAAGGCUGGCUGUACAACUAGUUGCAGGUGGAAGUGGUGUGCAAUCAGUGAAAGUGACUUACGCUUCAGCUAGAGGUCCGGAUGAUCUCGACACUCGCCUGCUCCGAGCUAUGAUUACCAAGGGCAUAAUUGAGCCUACCUCCAAUGUUUUUGUAAACCUGGUAAAUGCUGACUUCACAGCUAAACAGAGAGGAAUAAGAAUAACAGAAGAGCGCAUUGUUUUGGAUGGUUCACCUGAAAAGCCACUCGAGUUCAUCCAGGUUCAAAUUGCAAAUGUGGAAUCUAAAUUUGCAAGUGCAAUUUCUGAGUCUGGCGACAUUAAAGUGGAAGGAAGAGUGAAAGAUAGGAAACCUCAUCUUACCAUGAUAGGAUCAUUUGGUGUUGAUGUGAGCUUGGAAGGUAGCCUCAUACUAUGCCGGCAGGUUGAUCAGCCAGGUAUGAUCGGAAAAGUAGGGACUAUUCUCGGUGAGGAGAAUGUAAAUGUGAGCUUCAUGACUGUUGGGAGGAUAGCUCCACGAAAACAGGCAGUUAUGACCAUUGGUGUAGAUGAGGAACCUAGCAAGGAAGCAUUGAAGAGAAUUGGAGAAAUAACAGCCAUUGAAGAAUUUGUUUUCUUGAAGUUGUAGUAUGGCAGUCAAUAUCAAGAUUGAUUGUGUUUUGUAUUAAGUUUGUAUGAUCAACGGACAAGUUUCAUGUUUUCA